AACCCACAGGCUCCUCCCAAUUGCAGUUGCAACCUGCUUCCAGUUCUACUUCUACCUCGCUGCUGCCAACCAGCUGCCACCACUCACUGCUCUGCCACUCCUCUCCCUCUCCCGCACACUGUAACAAGUUAACCUGCAGCUAGGCUUAUUAUUAAGGCAUUGAAACCCAAUCCUUUUCAGGUCCCUCUCGCCUUUUCUUUUCCUCCCUUGGCUCCUAUUUCCGUUUGCACGCUUGCUCUUGACUCGAGCUCGCACACGUACUGAUUAUAUACGCAAGUUCCGCGAGAGAGGCCGAGGCAGAGACGACGACCAGGAAGAAUCCGCCAGGUGCUGUAGCAUCAUCCAAGCAAAGCAAGUACUCUCUGAGCUAGGUAGGAUAGGACACGGUCGCCGGCCGGAGAUGUCGGGCCGCCGCGACAGGAUCAGCGACGACGAGAUCAACGAGCUCAUCUCCAAGCUCCAGGCGCUCCUCCCGGAGUCCUCACGCCGCCGGAACGCGAGCCGGUCGUCGGCGUCGAAGCUCCUGAAGGAGACGUGCAGCUACAUUAAGAGCCUGCACCGGGAGGUGGACGACCUCUCGGAGCGGCUGUCGGGGCUCAUGUCGACCAUGGACAACGACAGCCCCCAGGCGGAGAUAAUCCGGAGCCUGCUCCGGUGACCGGCCGGCAGCAGGGCCUUCUCCUGCCAGCUAGCUGCAGCGGCCCGCGCCGCAGCUGAAUUAUAUUAAUUAGUGAAGAAGACGAUGGAGCUGCUCGCUUGGCGCUUGCUACGACCAGGAGCUUAUGUUCAUUCGUUUUUUUCUCUCUCUUGUUCUUCUACUUCUUCUUCUUCCUCCUCCUCCUCCGAUCCGAUGUGCGUGUGUUUGUUUCCGUACCUGCUAUCUUCCAAGGACCCUCGUUCAGAAGACAACGAACGAAGGGCUAGCUCUUGGUGUACCAGAGGGGUUAGUAGAGAUAAAUAUAUGGACUUCUAUUAACCGACCAAGCAAGGUACUGCCGGUAGGCGGUAGCUUGUAGUAGCUCGUCAUCUGUAGUAGACUGUAGCUGUUCAGAGUUGCAGAUGCAUCCUAGCUAAGAGUUUAUUUUUUGCUUAUUUGUAAAUCGCCUGUUGUUGUUGCUCUGCUUGUCUGCUCUGUCCUUUGCCAUGCCAGUGGAGGGACAAGCUAGCUUAACGUCUUAACGACGACCACUCUGGAGACAAAUAUAUAGCAGCACCAUGUGUUUGCCCUGUCUUUUCA